GAUUCGAACGUCUGCAUCAAGCAGCUCAUUGACAUUGGCCUUUUGCGAGAAAACUGCCUGAUGUUCGAUCACUUGUCAAGACGGGAGGCUCUUGAUGGCUUCAAACUCUACCCACCACGGAUCCUUGAUAUACACGAAGACUACCUCAAAUCACUUCGCGAUAAAAUGUCCGCUGUUGUAGAAAUCUGUUGGGGGGCCCCAGUUCGGGAAAGAAUGCUUCGCAAGUACGACCUGGUGCCUUUGAAUCUGUAGGGAAGGUAUGAAGACAUCAUGAUUUACCUUGAGCGGGGAAGAGAUGAUUCGUCGUUUCCGGGAACAACUGGGAAAUUCAGGCGGUUCGUACUCUUCGCUUAUCAUCCCCAGAGGAUGUUGUACGGCCGCCAGAUUGCUCUGUCGAAAACUCAAGAUCUCGUGCUGGAGGUAGCUUCCAAGCUCUCCGGGAUCGACAUUGACCGGCAAUUUUAUCAGGUAACGCAUCGGCCUGGGACGUACGGAAAGCUGGCGACUUGGCAACGAAAGAUACAGAUACGCCAUAACACACAGGCCAUUCGCGAAGUCAUGUUCGUUGCAGGCAAAGAUGUGCUCGAAGGCAGCGAUAAUACCAACACAGCCAGAGCGCCCCAGAAGUACGAAAACUUCACAGAACUUGACACACCAUUGGAUAUCGCUCCUGAAGCCGAAGAAGACUUGGAAAGUAGACCAGAAAAAACACUUCUGGCGAUGACGCCUGAACCACGCCAACAGCUGCUCACGUCCCCAUCGGAGCUGCUACCGAACACCUAUGCCUUACAGCAUCUUGCAACGGCGCUCAUGCGCACUGGUGCAUCACAAGACCAGGCCCUUAUCAUUACUGGCUUGGGAGCUUCGAUGGCACUUGAUGAUGCCGCAAUCACUGAAUGGGCAGACAUCCCUUCCGAGCUCCAAGACUGACUCCGAUCUCAGGACGGGCUGAAGAUUGACCGACAGCCUAUCGACUCAGCCCAGACGCCCAUGAAGACAUAUAUUCUUCUAAGCCAGGGAAACAAGAAACCUAAAAAGUCGAUCGCCACACACAAUA